AUGACAACUCCAAUAAAACCCCCUGUCAAUGAUGAGGACUGUGUGGAGCUAGGGGAGAUAGAGGACUAUGUGUCAGAUGGAAUCACCCCUAAGCCAGUGACAGGUAGUCCAUCCAGCAAGAUGAGGGGGAAGCCAGUCGGCGGGGUCUGCAGACUGAGCACCAUCUCAGAGCAAGAGCCAGAGAAGCUGGACACAGAUCCUAGCUCCCAUGAUCCCCUGGGGGGUGGUGAAUGGGGUGGAUCCAGCCUCUCCGUGUGCUCUGACAAGUUUAAAAACAGCAGCAGUCGUUUUUCCUCCGACGAUUCCUACCUGCCAGACACUGCAGAUGACUGUGCUGCGCUGCUUCUCGCCUGCUUGCAUUGUCGUUUCCAUGAGUUAAUAAUGGUCCUGUUACCGGAUACGUGUGAGAGAGCCGUGAGCCGCUGUUUUCCUUCAUACAAAUACAUCAAGGCAUCCAGUGAGCGAGACCAGCAGGAGAGUGAUUGCUGCUCUUGUAAGCUUGAAGUGGACUGUAACUUCUGCAGCUGCUGUCAGGAUGCAGGAGAACUCAUAGAGCUGGCCAUGGAGAUAUCAGAGGUGUGCUACCGCUGA